AGAAAAGAGACGGUGUGGCGCAUGCGCGGGUGAGCUGACCUUCCUGGGACACAGGCGACCAUGCCCGGGACUGUGCACUUCCCUCCAGCGGAGGAGCUGGAGGUCCGGGAGCUCAAUGUGAGUUCUGCUGUGCUGAAGGCUGCGGCCCACCACUAUGGAUCUCAGUGUGACAAAAUCAACAAAGAGUUCAUGUUAUGUCGCUGGGAGGAGAAAGAUCCAAGAAAAUGUCUGAAAGAGGGCAAGAGAGUCAAUGAGUGCGCCCUGGAGUUCUUCAGAAAACUUAAACUCCACUGUGCGGAGCCUUUCACAGAAUAUUGGAGUUGUCUCGACUACACCGGCCUCCAGGAACUUCGCUUUUGUCGUAAACAGCAGACGGCUUUUGACGACUGUGUCUUUGACAAGCUGGGCUGGAUCCGCCCGGACCUGGGGGAAUUGUCCAAGGUCACAAAAGUGAAAACUAACCGACCUCUUCCAGAAAACGUAUACCAGUCGAGGGAAAGACCAUUACCCAAUCCUCCUGUGGAAGGAGAGUUGAAGCCGUCCAGAUUUGGUAGUAAGCUCUUCUUCUGGCCCUGGUGAAUGGUUUGGUGGAUCAUGUGCACUUCCUGAUAUCCUUCGCUGGUCUUCCUUCCUUCCUUGGACCAGUUGUAUUAUCUAUUAUAGAACCGAAUAAAAUUAUGAACCUGAAA